UUUUUGUUAUUCUUAUCGUAGAACUGUCAUUUGUCACUGCUUUGCUGGGCUAAUCUCGGCUGAAUGUUCAGAUUAUUAGAAUCUAUAGCAAAUGUAAUUUAUAGAAGUUAAAACGCGGCUGUUUACAAAUUCUGCGUACACGUCACAAAGUUCUCAAAGAAAGUGUCGAAGCACAGACAUACAUGUGCAUACAAAUAUUUUGUGAAUAAAGUUUAGUUACAGAGCAAAAAUGCGUCUGCAAUUUGCUUUGGUGUUGUUACUUUCAGCCGGCGCCACGCUGUCGAAUUCCAGCAAUUCAGACACUUCGUUAGCACAGCUAGAACAUAGUCUCAUCGACAAACCCGAGUGCAAGGAAUUACAGUCACUUUGUGCACACCUCAAACAAACUGAUAAUGUGUCGGUGUUGGAGUGUGUGAGCACAUUUUCUUCCAGUCAGCUGGAGGCUGUGCCAGAUAAAUGCCAACAUGCUUUAUGGUUGCAACAACGUAACAUGCAGACGGAGAAGUGGGUUACCAAUCAGCUAAUCCCACAACACUGCGCUGCACAGAAACAACAACUAUCAUCUUGUGGCAAUGCGGUGAGCUUGUGGAGCUGCAUGCACGAGCGUGCAGUGCGUAUGGAACAUAGCAGCGAAUGUCGCGCAUACAUACUGCGUUCCAUUGCGACACUGUUUCCGGACUUUGAUCAAUUGGGCGACUUUUUGAAUGCCUGUGGUUCGCAAUUAGAACAAUUGGAAUGUGGGCGUUUAAACUUGGAGCGCAGAAGCAUUUCACAAAUUGAAACUGCGCAAUGCUUACAAGAGACAGCAGCCGAUGCACUUGAUGCAAAAUGCAAAGAGGAAUUAAGUACAAUGGAGCAACAGCGAAAAGAUUUGGAAUUUUUCGAAGCUUGUGGCGAUGAUUGGAGGCGCUUAUGCGGGCAGGAAACUGCUGGUACAGCUGCGGCAUUUAAAUGUCUUGUUAAGAACAAAGCCGAUCCCACAAUGACACGUCGCUGCAACGAAAAAAUUGCACAACGUGAUCGGGAAAUUGGAAAAGACUAUCGGCUCUCGCAUGGGCUCGCUAAAGCUUGUAAGGACGAUAUCAAACAAUAUCACUGUCGUCGUGGCGUAUCCGAGGACAAACAAGUGCGUCUAGCACAAAUCCUACUGUGUCUUGAAUCGGUUGUGAAGAACGGCUCGCUGGUAUCCACCGAGUGCCAAACGGAAAUAAAUGAUCAUCGUCGCAUGCUGAUGCACGAUUUCAAAUUGUCGCCGGAAAUUCUAAGCGAUUGCGCCGAUGAUAUACCAAAGUUUUGUGGUGAUAUUGAAAAGGGACAGGUUAUCAGAGGUGGUACGGUUGGAAACACUGAUAACGGUCAAGUAAUCCAUUGCCUUAUGGAACAUGCACGCUCCAAACGUAGAAAGGAUCGUCGUGUUACUGCGCAAUGUCAGCGUUCUCUCGAGAAGUUAAUAAAAGCUGCUGACGUGGGUGAGGAUUGGCGAGUGGAUCCGGUACUACGACGCGCUUGUAAACCAGUCGUUGAUGUGGCUUGCCGCGACACAGAUGCUGGCGAAGCACGUGUGAUGUCCUGUCUGAUGGAACGUAUUGGCACACCAGUAAUGCGGCCCGACUGCGAACAAGCGCUAAUGCUGAUACAAUAUUUUGUAGCACGUGAUUUCAAACUGGAUCCACAAUUAUAUAAGCACUGUCACGACGAUGCGAUUAAGUAUUGUCGCGCUAAACACGUAUGGGAUGACGUUAACGAUGUGCAAAUGGAUCCAGAACGUGGGCCACUCAUUUUACCUUGCUUGCAUCGUAUCGCCUACAGUGAUGAUGAAAAUUUAGCACUGCGAAAGGACUGCUUCAAAGAGGUAAAACGCGUGAUGCGUCAGCGGGCCGUAUCUGUGGACCUUAUACCUGAAGUGGAAGACGAAUGCAUCGAGGAUUUGUCCAUAUAUUGCUUUGAUCGUACACAAAAAGGCGCUGAAAUGGAUUGUCUGCAGACGAAUCUUGAAAAACUCUCACCGACGUGUAAAAAAGCCGUUGCCACUUACACUGAAGAAGAGGCGGAGCACAUUGAACUGAAUCCGGUAAUAAUGUCGGUGUGCAUAAACGCCAUGCAAACACAUUGCGAACACAUACUGAAGGGCGAAAAGGACAAAGGCGACAUGAUGGAUUGUUUAAUUGCGCAUAAAAAUGACGCUGAUCUGCGACAGGACCUCAAAUGUCGUGCCGCCAUUGAACACUUUCAAAUCAUCUCGCUGAAAAACUAUCAUUUCACAUACAAAUUCAAGACAGCUUGCCGUCCACAUGUGACACGCUUUUGUGCAUCGAGCACUACCAAAAAUGAUGUCGUCGCCUGCUUGAGCGAAGUUAUGCGCAACGACACGAUACGCGGCCAACGUCAUUCAAUACCAAAGGAGUGUCGCCAACAAGUCAAAGCGCAACUCUACCAACAGCGCGAAUCCAUAUUACUAGACCCCAAGUUGGCAAAUGCCUGCAAAAAGGAGCUUGAAACUUUUUGUGGCGGCGAGAAGGGCCCUGGUCAGGUGAAUAAUAAUGCCUUGGAGUGCUUGCAACAAAACACCCAACGUCUGGGAAGUUCCUGUCAUCACGCUAUUUUCUUGGUGAAAAGAUCACAACUCUCCGAUAGUGGCACCGACUACACUUUGGUCAACACAUGCAAAGAAAUGACUUAUCGAUUUUGUAACAAUGCGGAUUCCGACCAUUUGCUGGACUGCCUCAAGACGUACAAAGAUGACCCGCUCUUCGAUCAGCGUUGCCACUUGGUUGUUGUAAACCGCAUGAUUGAGCAAAAUACCGACUAUCGUUUCAAUCCGUCCCUGCAGCUCGCAUGCGGCAAGAAUAUCGACCGUUAUUGCUCGCAUAUCGUGGCCACCGCACAACCAAAUGAAGAAUUGAACGGCUUGGUUGUACAAUGCUUGAAAGAUAAAUUCCGAGAAUCGCGUUUGGACUACAACUGUACGCAAGAAAUGAUUAAAGUGCUGCAAGAGCAAGCCUUGAACUACCAACUCAAUCCGCUCUUACAAAAUUUCUGCAAAUCAGAAAUAGAAGUGCUGUGCAAGGCUAGUCUCCAAAACAGAGAACAUGGUAUGGUGGAAGAGUGUUUGAAAACAGCUUUUCUUAAUCAUAAGAUCAUAAAUCGUGAUUGCCGCGUUGAAGUGGCAACCUUAAUAGCAGAAGCCAAAGCCGACAUACACGUAGAUCCCAUACUACAAGAGGCAUGCACCGUGGAUCUGUUAAGAUACUGUUCGAAUGUGCCAAGUGGCAAUGGUAGAAAAUUGAAAUGCUUGCAAGUCUUACUGAAAGAUCAGUCGAAGGCGAUGGAAGAAGAUUGUCGCAUGAAGCUACAGAAACGUAUCGAAAUGUUCCGCAAUGCAGAUACGGUACUCGCCGAACCGCCAGAAAAUAUGGAACAACUGGUUAGUCAGGUUGUUUCCUCGCCAGCGAAAAGAUUCUUCUUAAUCAUAUUCAUGUCCGCUGUGGGCAUGAUUUUCAUGAUGGGAAUCUUCUUGGGACGUGUAACCAAACGCGCAAUCAGCACCAAAAAUAAAUAAACUGUCCAAUAGUGUAGAAAAUGUUAAUAACACCACAACCGUAUUCCCCACCCCUACCCUUACAUUCUUUAAAAAUCCAGUAUAGAAGUGGCAAUUUGAUGAUCAAAUGAUUUACAAACUGAAAAUAUUUCGUGAGAUGAAUUUACAAUUGGCCUUCAGUGUUUUCUGUGCCCAUUCGUUACCAGAACAAAUUUUGUUUAAUCCUUCAAGUCUAAUCAGCAUUGUAUGGCUUAUUAUAUAAUAUAGUUAUUUAAUUGGAACUAAAUGGCAUGUAUAAUUUAAAGUUAAUUUGUUUCAGUGUAAAAUACGCAAACGCUAUUAGUUUUUGUAUUUGUAAAAAUCAUAUAUUUUAUACCGAAUGCAUAAAUGAAUUGUAGAAUAUAUUGUUAAAUGUGCUUAGUAUAAUAGAAUACGAUAAAAAUAUUGGCAAUGUCAACGCUUUACAUUAAAUAUACUUUUUUAUGAAUUUAAAAUGAAA